AUGCCCGAUCAACGAGUCAUCCUCAUCACCGGCGCUUCGAGCGGUAUCGGCCGUACCUGCGCCAUCUCGCUCUCGAACGCCUACCCCUCGGCAGCCCACCCCGAGAAGCUUGUGCUUGUGCUCAGCGGGAGACGCGAGGCGGAGCUCAAGGCGACCGCGGAUGCGUGCAGAGAGGGGACAGUGUGCGAGAUCUGCGUUGGCGAUGUGGUAUCCGAGGAGGAUGUAGGCAAGAUGUUCGCUACGGUCAGGGAGAAGUAUGGGCGAUUGGACUUGCUGUUCAACAACGCCGGUGUGGAUCUGGUUGGCGGUACGCCAUUGGAAGAUGUCGAUAUGAGCAAAUUCCGCGACACGUUGAUGAUCAACGUGAUGGGAAGUGUACUGUGCACGGCAAAAGCUAUCGGAAUCAUGAGCCAGCAAGAACCGAAAGGCGGGCGGAUCAUCAAUAAUGGCAGUAUAUCCGCUACAUCGCCACGACCAAAUUCGGCAGCUUACACCUGCUCCAAGUUCGCAAUCGCCGGUCUCUCAAAAUCUACCUCUCUGGACGGUAGGAAACAUAACAUCACCUGUACCCAGCUCGACAUCGGGAACGCCCAGACUUCGAUGGGCGGUCACGCCGCUAAGGGUGCCCGGCAAGCCGAUGGAAGCCUGAAGGUCGAGCCUAUGAUGGAUGUACAGAACGUGGGUGACACGCUGGUAUAUUUGGCGGGUCUGCCGGCGAAUGUGGAUGUUCUGCACCUCUCUAUCAUCGCUGCGGGUAUGCCAAUCGUUGGGCGGGGAUGA